CGUCCCUCUGCAGUUCCCAGCCCUGAGAGCAUGGCUUGGAAGGAACAGGGCACAAGCCCACCCUCGUGUUUCAUCCAGCGCCUGGACCACCUUGUGCUGACUGUGAAGAGCAUUGAGGACACUGUGGCCUUCUAUUCCAAAGUCCUGGGCAUGGAGGUGGUGACGUUCAAGGGGAAUCGCAAAGCUUUGCGCUUUGGCCAGCAGAAGUUCAACCUGCACCAGGCUGGGCAGGAGUUUGAGCCCAAGGCUCGGCGCCCCGCGCCCGGCUCUGCGGAUUUUUGCCUGAUCGCAGCAGUGCCCCUGGAGCAGCUGCUGGAGCACCUGAAGGCCUGUGGGGUGGCCAUUGAAGAAGGUCCUGUGGCCAGAACUGGUGCUGUGGGUCCAAUAACCUCCAUCUACUUCCGAGACCCCGACGAGAACCUGGUUGAGGUUUCCAGGUACUGCACGGAUGAGGCUGCAGGCACGGAGGGGCAGCCCUGACCACAGCCCAUGCUCUGCCUGGGUCCCAGCAGGACAUGGGGUGCAGAGGCCAGGUUUGGCUGGCCCAUUUGAAUGUCCAAGCUUUAAUUGUGUAAACCUGGGACACACCUCAAAUCAUAGCCACAAAAUAGGGCUGUGAGGACCUACUUUGGGAGUUUUCCCAAGGCAGCCUGCUCUGCUCUGCUCUGCUCUGGGUGUGAAUCCUGCUUUUAUACAUCUGCAUCAUGGAGAUUUCAUGGCCUGCUGGGAAGAUCUGUCCUGCUGCUGCUGCAUUGCAAUUGCUGGGACACCUUCCCUAAUUCCUGCUAUCCCUUUUGCUACACUGUCCACCUGUCACUCCUCUCCUCUCCAGAGUCACUUUUCCACAGUUGGAAAUUUAUGUCUCCCUUCCUCUCA